AUGGUCGGUGUGCCUCAUAGCAGUGGCUGUCAGCUCUGCAGGAAGCGCAAGGUCAAGUGUGAUGAGGCGCGGCCGACAUGCGGAAACUGUGUCAAGUAUGGCGCUGAGUGCCCGGGCUACGACCGCAGCCUCAAGUUCGUGGCUGGUAAACACCAGAUCCGCCCACGGGGCAGGCGAUCCGACGACGGCAACCGCAGCUCCAGCACCAGCUCCGAUGACUCCUCCCAGCCUCUCGUCACAACUCUGACUUAUAGGGCGAGCUCAAUAGUUGCCACACCAGCCCCCCGAUUGAGUCCUCUCCUAACCCCGCCGGUGGACCGUCCCCUGCAGCCCAUGAGGGGCCAUGUUCUCUAUACCAUGAUAGAGAAAUUCUGCCCUUCAGCGCCCCCGGACAUCAUGAGCCUGUUUGAAUGGGUAAAGUUUGACCAUCUGGGCAAGCAGGCACUUCUGGAUGGCGCAAUCUGCUCCUUGGCGCUGCACCUGGCGGGAAAGGAGGCUUCCAACUCGCAGCAAGUUGCUCAGAGCCGAACCGUCUAUGGGAAGUCCCUUCUUGAACUCCAAGCGGCAUUGCGUCAUCCCUCCGCAUGGAGAUCCUCAGAAACGCUAUUCGCCGCAAUCCUCCUUUGUUUCUUCGAGCUGUUUGCGGGGACCAGUUCCCCCGAUAACUGGCUCCAACAUGCCCAGGGUAUUGGCGUUUUGAUGGAACAGCGUGGUCCCGCGGCUCACGCUGAAGGCUGGGAUGCAGCGAUGUUGUUAUCGUUCCGCGGGAUUAUCAUUAUGAGUGACAUGUUCCAUCCACGCGAGGAGAACUGCUUCUUGUCUCGACAAGAGUGGAAACCCAUGAUGUGCGACGGUGGCCGGUGUCUCGUCCAUGCUCCUGAUACUCCAGUCGAGACUGUCAUAAUCAUCGACGGCUUCUUCCAGAGGUUGGUGGAUGUGCCGGCCGUGCUCAAAUGGGGCUAUCUAGUCCGCGAAGCGAACAAUGCAGGCAUCCCAGUAGAUCCCUCCCAGGUCGUCAUCCUCGCGCAUCUAGCUGCCGCCAAUUACGCGAGCUUCAGUAGAUGGUACGACGAAGAGUUCAACUCGCUUCCGUAUGUCCAACCCACAGAGGCCCUGCCUUCCGACCCAGCAACCUCACUUUACCCGACAAUACUGGAGCACACGAACCAGUGGGCUGGUGCCAUGCACUUGGCGGUCUGGGCCUCCAUGCUGAUUCUGCAGGAAACGAUGGUGCAGUGUGGUGCCCCGGCGCCCGGCUCCGACGCGGCGAAGCAGGACCUGGUAUCCAAUAUCCUCCGCUCCAUCGAAUCGGUCGCCCGGGGCACAAUGGGGCCGUACCGUGUUGGGUACUCGCUGCGGAUCGCGUACGAAUUUGCGAGCGCUGAGGCCCAGCUCUGGAUCAGGACAUUGCUGGACAAUUUCACCAAGAGCUAUGCUGCCGUGGAUAAGACAACAUAUCCGGCGCCGAGAGAGGACAAAGACGGGUAUUUGUAG